GCAGUAUAAAGUAAAUAUUGAUAAAUGGACGUCCACAAAAACGAUUAAUUAAACUAUUUAUGUCUUUAACUUAUCAAUUUUCUCGUUAAACAGCAUUAUUAAAAAAAGUCGCACACGUAGCGGAUCGCUGGACUGCUACAAAUUGUUCAAAAUUUAUCGAAUCAGUUAUGACAGAAGAAAAUGUUAUUUGUGGAGGUGAACUUAGGGUGCCAAUUUCAAAUGUUUCGAUUGGAAUUCAACUGCAUAACACCUUGAAGCAAUCAAUGGAAAUGCCUGUCUUUAUAGACGCAUUUACUGGUGAUAGCGUAUCAAACAAGCAGCUUCUCAGGACUGCAUCUCGUUUAGGUCGGAGUUUAAUCAACUUUGGUCUUACGAAGGAUGAUAUAAUUGGUGUUUGCAGUGAAAACAACUUACACUUUUUUGAUGUCGUCCUAGCCGGUUUCUUUUCUGGAAUUGCCGUCACCACGUUCAGCGCACAGUAUACGCAAGGGGAAUUAAUUCAUGUCGCGAACUUAUCACAGCCUUCGAUAAUAUUUUCUUCAGUCCAGGCGAGUUCCACAGUGCUCAAAGUCAAAGAUCAACUGAAGCGAGAACCCAAGAUCAUAAUUAUUAACCAACACGAGAACUACAAAGGUUGCCAAUCCGUCGAGAAUUUUAUAUCGGAAAACGUUUCCAAAGAUUUUAACAUUGACGAAUACCAACCGGUUCCUGUGAACGUAAAGGAUGAUGUGGCCCUCAUUUUAUAUUCUUCGGGAACGACGGGGUUGCCGAAAGGUGUCAUGUUAACGCAUCUAAACAUCAAUACCGUACAUGCAGUUCAAGUGGAUGGACGAUACAGUCUAGAUGUCAAUCCAUGUAUAGCGUUCCAUCCAUUCUGUCAUACAGCUGGACUGAGUCUAACAAUAAGGACAGUUUUGUUCGGGUCAUACGUGCUAGUAAUGGUCAAAUUCGAUCCUCACGUCUACCUGCGAACAAUAAGGGAUUAUCGAAUCGAAUCGCUCCAAUUAGUCCCAGCUGUUGCACAAUUCUUAGCCCAGACUAAUUUGUUAGAGAAGUACGACAUGUCCAGCGUUACGUCGGUAAUGUGUGCCAGUGCGCCUUUACUUAAACAUACCGAGGAAGAGUUACGGAAGCGGUUUAAGGUACCGAUUGUGAAACAGAGAUACGGAAUGACCGAAACAACGAUUGGGUUCAUGGGACACAGUGUGUCGGGAGAAUACCCACUGGGAUCCAUCGGUAGUGUUUUCCCAAGCGUUUCCGUGAAAAUAGUCGACAUACAGACAGGAGAGGCACUAGGUCCAUUUGAAACUGGCGAAAUAUGUUGCAGAACCCCUAUGGUAAUGAAAGGGUACAUAAAUAAUCCACGAGCUACCCAAGAAAUGAUUGAUGUUGAUGGUUGGCUGCACACGGGUGAUGUCGGCUAUUAUGAUAGUUGCUAUAGGUUCUUCUUGGUGGACAGGAUUAAAGAUUUGAUAAAAUGUAAAGGAUUACAGGUAGCGCCACUUGAACUUGAAACACUGCUGUUGAGCCAUCCCAAGAUAUUAGAUUGUGGUGUCAUUGGUGUUCCAAACGAAAGGUACGGAGAAGUGCCGAUGGCAUUUAUUGUCCAGACACGCGGUGAAAAUUUAUCCGAGCAAGAAGUGGAGAAGUUUAUUGCAGAUCAAGUUGCACCAUACAAACAGCUUCGUGGGGGUGUACGCUUUGUGUCCCAAAUUCCUAGAAACCCCAGCGGAAAGGUAUUACGUCGUUUUCUACGAGAUGAAGUUAAGAAACUUAAGUCAAAUUUAUAAAGAUUUUAUUUAUUCCUUCUGUUUCUGUUAUUAUAUUUGUUAUCUUUUGUUUGUUUGUUAAUUUAAUAAAAGCUCUAAUUGUUU